AUGGCCUCAGCGGCGUCCCAGGAGCGAGCGAGCGCGAUCACCUCCAUCGAGGCUGCGCGUCUCGGCUGCGCUCGGCGCCAGGCGCGGAUCCCUCUGGCUCCUUGGCUGCCGGAUGAGGCUUCCCCCGCGGCGAAGGCUGGGCCUGUCGGAGACAGGGUGGUGGUGCUGGCCCGCUCGGGGCUCUGGCAGGAGGUGGUGAACGUGCCAGCCAGCCAGACCUGGCCGAUGCCCGAGGGCAUGAGCUUCGAGGAGGCCGCUGCUUUUCCUGUCAACUACAUCACUGCCUACAUGAUCCUCUUUGACUUCGGAAACCUGAGACCCAACCAGAGUGUGCUGGCCCGCUCGGGGCUCUGGCAGGAGGUGGUGAACGUGCCAGCCAGCCAGACCUGGCCGAUGCCCGAGGGCAUGAGCUUCGAGGAGGCCGCUGCUUUUCCUGUCAACUACAUCACUGCCUACAUGAUCCUCUUUGACUUCGGAAACCUGAGACCCAACCAGAGCGUCCUCAUCCACAUGGCUGCAGGUGGUGUGGGGACUGCUGCUGUUCAGCUCUGUAAAACAGUAGAAAACAUCACUGUUUUUGGCACAGCAUCAGCCUCCAAGCAUGAUGCGCUCAAAGAGAGUGGUGUUGCUCACCCCAUUGACUACAGAACGAUGGAUUAUGCAGAAGAGAUACGGAAGAUCUCUCCCAGAGGUGUUGACAUUGUCAUGGACCCCCUGGGAGGAUCCGAUACAUCCAAAGGAUUUCACCUCUUGAAGCCCAUGGGCAAGCUCAUAACUUACGGAGUAACGAACCUGAUCACUGGGCAGAAGAGGAACCUCAUAGCUAUCGCUAAAACCUGGUGGAACCAGUUCAGCAUCAAUGCUUUGCAGCUCCUACACCAUAACAAGGCUGUGUGUGGCUAUGACCUUGGAAACAUGGAUGAAGAGCAUGAGCUUAUUGGAGGAGUUGUAAUGAAGCUGGUGAACCUGUACAACCAAGGCAAAAUCAAGCCCAAGAUAGACUCUGUAUGGCCCUUUGAAAAGGUGGCAGAUGCCAUGAGGCACAUGCAGGAGAAGAAGAACGUUGGGAAGGUCAUCCUAGUUCCUGAAGUACCGAAGGAAGAAUCCAAGAAAGAAGAGAACUAACAAGGCGAGAGAUAUGUGCAGAUUGUGGAUUCAUGGUUUAACUCUCUGAUCCCUUUGGGACCUGGAAAUGGACAGAUCAAUAGCUUUCAUCUUCAUCAAUAAGGAGCAUCUUGGUUAAAGUUCAGAUGAGGUUUGCAUGCUCUGGUCAUGACUGGCCCUUUGCCAAAUAUGCCUCUUGCCCUAGCUUUGUUCU